AUGCAGAUCUUUGUGAAGACCCUCACUGGCAAGACCAUCACUCUUGAGGUCGAGAGCUCUGACUCUAUUGACAAUGUCAAGCAGAAGAUUCAGGAUAAGGAAGGUAUUCCUCCGGAUCAGCAGCGUUUAAUUUUCGCCGGUAAGCAGCUCGAAGAUGGCCGCACCUUGUCCGACUACAACAUCCAAAAGGAAUCCACCCUUCACUUGGUCCUUCGUCUUCGUGGUGGUAUCAUU